GAGCUUUUGACGCGGAGAUCGCGGAUAAUGUCGGUCGGUUGGUCGCGAUCGCGACUGCUCGCUGCUCUAUCAGUUGACAUUUGACUCCAGAACGGUUCGGUCGAGAUUUUUGAAAUUCGAACCAGUUAUUCGUCACAUGUUGCGUUUCGCGAGGCGGUGUUCCGCUGUUUCUGAUCUGUUGAAACGGAUUCGUUUCGGUGCUCUUUAUCGUUUGAUCGCGGGAAGGGUGGCUUAUUGUGUGAUAAUUGAGUGUAUGCUAAAUCAAACCAUAUAGUGACAUAAAUCACUGAGAAAAGAAGUGCUCAAAGGAAGUGAAUCUGUGACGUUAUUGUUCGAUACUGUUGUGUGGAUGGUGCUGAAUUACGUACAGAUCUGUUUUGGCAUUCCUGAGAUUUAGGAGAUUCAGAGGCUGCUGCUGAAUUCUAUAUUGGAUUCAUACCUUAUCGUAUAUUGUUGGAGAAUUCACGCUUAAAAAGAUGAGCGUUGAUGUAUCGUUAACGUUAUUACUCACAUUACUCAUAGCGAAAGCCAUGGGAAGUUCAGUCCUAGUAGCGGAUUUCAGAAUGACACGAAUGGUGGAACUCAGCAGUCGGACCCCGUACUGCAAAAUUCAUUCCGAUCGAGGCGACAUACAACGGAUGCUGUUGGCCUUUGACGCGAAGAAGGUGCGACAGGUGCCACGCGAAUCGGUGAUAGCCCUGGAGGAAGUGUGCAACGAGGCGAGCGGAAUAUCCGGUGAACUUCAGGGUGGACUCGGGUUCAUCUAUCCGGGAACCAAGUGGUGUGGACCAGGAAGUAUCGCAGCUAAUUACUCGGACGUAGGCAGAUACGCAGACGAGGAUCGAUGUUGCCGCGAGCACGACAUGUGUCCGAACAUUCUGCUGCCAGGGGAGUGCCGUCGAGGGCUUUGCAACCGUGGCGCCUUCACGAGAUCACACUGCGACUGUGAUGCAAGGUUUAGAAGAUGUUUACAAAAUCUCAACACCGAGACCGCCAACACCUUGGGAGCCGUCUUCUUCAACGUGAUACAGGUGACCUGCUUCAGCGAGAGGCGACCGUGUUCAAUCUGGCAGAGCGCUGGCAACCACCUGGUGGAGUCUUGUUCAUUGCAGUUUGCUCCUUCCGAUUACUAUGUGCCGCCUUAUCUUCAGCCAGGCUAUUACUAUCGUAAAAAUACGAUCAAGCGAUCGUUCGACAAAAGCUUCUACGACGACAUUAACACGCAGCAUCUCAAGAAGGAAUCGUUGAACUUGAUUUCGAGGAAUUUGGUGAAGGAUGUUUUCGUUCGACCGCUGAACGGUUUUAUCAAGUACUACCUCACUGCCAAGUCCGUUGUCUAUGGUUAAGGUCAACAGUCUCAGUCGAUGCACGUUGAAGGGGCUUGCAGUCAGUCCCGCGAGCGACAAAUCCAACCGUUUGAAGUUGCAGCAACUUUUUGAGUAUCAUUGAGAUUGAGUUCUCGAUGCCAAUGAGAGCGAUAAUGAUGUGCAAAGUGUUUCGAUUUGAAGGCUUAUGUCCAUGCAGGCUCAACCAAAGGCAAAAUGUUUCCGCAUAAAUGCUUGCUUCUGGUGUUAAGAAGCUUUAAUAACUUUAAUUCUUAAUUAGGGUAGAUGUACCAUUCCCUACUUGGCCGCACCUUAAUUUAUUUGUUUUCAAAUUUUA